UUGUGUGUAGAAGGAAGUGACGAUCGUGCUCAGGAUGCGCACCAGCUCCUUAUCUACCGGGAUGAAGCGCUUUCUCACGGCAACACCUUUCGGAGUCCGUUCGACCCACGUUCAGAGGAUGAUUUACUCUCUUCCACCAACGAUGGCGUCGUUCUUGACCUUACAUUUGACCCGAACACGCGGCGCCUACAUGAAGGGAUGGGGCGCAUUCAUGCAGAUGACCAACCGUGGAUUGGCGGAUCAAUUGACCGCGCUGGUUCAAGCAAUGAAAUCUCAACCGGCGAUCAUGUGACCAGACGAGAGCUCAUAUCGAUUAGCCAAUACAGAAUUCUGAUUGGUGGUUGUCGCAGCAUGCACGCGGAGGCGCUGUCAGCGCACCCUCUUCGUGCACCGCCGUUGAUGUCUUGCUGCGUACGCGUUGGCACCGCUCUUGUGCCUCUCGGGACAGGUGGCCCCGAUUCUCACUCUCCUGGACCCCGCCCCGCGCCGCGUCGUCCACACACAAAAGUCGAAAGCCCCAUUGGAGAGGCGCUUACCGCAGGUGGUGAAGGCAGCUGUUUCGAAGAUGAGGAGGAGGACGACAGCUGGGCGGAUGAUGAAAGUCGGCUUCGUCCUCCGGCACUUCGAAGAAAUCUACAAGCUGCUCUCGCGGAAUUGCCAGUUGAAGAUCCUGUAUCACGAACUAAGCGCCUUCGAUCGCUACAAUAUCCAAUCUAUGUGAAUGUAGGCGGAGAUCCUAAGGGUAUCAACAGCGAUGAUUUUGAUCGGACCAAAUCCUACGGUCAAGUCAAGCCCCUAAAAACCAUGGAUCAAAAUAUUCCUGACAAGGAACUGCCGGACAGCCUCGUGGUGCGAACGAGACGUCGCACAAUGAGUGGCAUAACUGGUUUUCUUCCUCGGAGCACAACCCUAUCCUCCAGUUCUGUCUGGUUCGGCGACCAUCCCGUGCCUACGAAGACGCAGAUGCUCGCUGCAGAACAGUCGCCCCUGCGGCUCUCCAGCAUCCAACUCCAGGCCCAGGCCGAACUCGCCCGACGCCGCUCUCGCAACAACCUGGCCACGAGGAGUGCUGGCGGCCUGUCGCGAAGCCGCAGCCUCGACCGCUCGCUCGUCGUGGCGCCAUCGGCGUCAACACUGUACGGCCCAACGGGUCGCAGGGUGCACGGAGGGGCGCCUCUGGUCGAGCGAGCCAUCAAACGCCACGUCAGCAAGCGAGAUGGCUAUGAGACACUUUCGUUGAUCCACGUACCGAAAAUUGACAAGCCCUCGAAUGAAAACGGAAAUCGGCAGAGACCUGCGUCAUCAGCAUCGACUGCAAAAUAUCGAGCUCCCGCAGCAAUGAAACGCAAUCGUCUGGAAGCGCGGUCGUUGGUAGCCCAAGCAGCCGUUGAUCUGGCCAUGCACACCUUCGAUCCCUUUGAGGUGUAG